GCACUUCCUUCGACAGUGGACCGACAGCCGAACGACAUUAGGAAAAGGCUAUUUUAAGCUAGCGGAAAAUGGACGACCUUCCAGUGGGAUAUUACAGGGUAGAGCUAAACAGAACUAUUUGGGAAGUACCUGAAAAAUACAAAGAUCUCAGUCCCAUUGGAACGGGUGCUUACGGACAAGUAUGGUAAGUAAAAUGCAGUUGCACUUCAAGAGACUACUUUUGUACAAUUUGUCAUUAAGACUCUAAUAACCACAGCCCCAGUAUUUACUUAAAGAAUGUAUACACAAGUAUUAAACAUAUAUGAAAAUGAGCCACACGCACACUUGCUGUUUUUGUUUUUUACCUCGUUCAGGACUGUGUGCCAACACUGCUAGAAUGCAGGUAAUGAUCGAACCUUUGACCGUGACUCACUACUUUCGAGAGGUUCGAGUUUAUCUGCAUUCUAGUUAUCUUCUUUGUUUGUGUUACUGCAUCAGUAACUAGAUUUCGCUGUAAUUGUUAUUUCGUUGUAGGAUCUUGUGUUUCUAGAGCAACGCCUCACCGAGAAAAUAUGAUGACAUAUUUGAUUUUUCCUUGUAACCACAAUAGAUUUUAAGAUAAUUCAUAUCUUGAUCCCCCACAUAAACUUUUCAACUAUUACUGUGAAAUGAUUUGCCAGUGAUAUACUACAGUUCCUUUAGAUUCAUUCUAAAUGAAAGUUGAAAAAUUGAUUCCCUGGUUGGGAAACAGAUCGGACCUUGGGACAGCGAUCUGUGAACAGGAUGAGGCACGAGACUACAAAUCAGACUUGUUACACCUUUCACUAUUGACAAAAGUGUCAACCUGCAUAGUUAGGUCAAGAAUUUCUGUAGAAAAUGUUUUGAAUUUAGUGGUAUGAUAUCAACUAAAAAGGAUGCUAGGAUUUCCACAUAGCCUUAUGCAUAUUUCCUCUUAUGUAUUUAAUACUUUCAUAUAGCAGAAUGCAAAGAAAUUUGGUUUAAUAGCUAACUUGUAAAAAGUUCUUGACCAGCAGGAUUGAUUAAAGUUCUUCUGUAAACUGAUUUUCCGCCUAAAACGUAUCCAUGCCCAUCAGCCAAGUUAGAACAGAAUUCAUCAAGGGUGGCACAGUUGAUUGGUGCGCGGCCUACGGUGCGUGAGGUCCCGAGUUCAAUCCGCGGUGACAUCACAUCCUUACUUCAACUUCUCUCCUUUCUGUGUAGCUUUGACUAGCUUUAAACACCCUUAAAAUGGAGCAUCAAUGGAGAGAGGGGGUAAAAUGAACGCUCCGUCAACCUCAAGUUUAUCAGUUAUUAUUACAGUCAUGAGUUAUCGACAUAAUAUGUGGUUGCUUUACCUUUUUUUACCUUUUAUUAGCCAUAGCAAAAUCCACUAGCCUCAGGCUAUCCGUCAGACACAAAUUUUUUUGCACUCUGAUAGAGUCAGUAUUACAAUGUUACUAGCCAGCUGUAAUGUAGCAAUAUAUAUUCCAUGAAAUCAAACUUUUCCAUUCAAAACAGAAAAGGGGUGACCUAAUACCUCCUUUACAAGAAAAUAGGCCACUUCUGAGUUCCAAAAACCCUCACUUUCAAAAUGAGGCCAAGUGCACAACCUUUCUUGUCAAAAUGAGUUUUGUUUGCAAGUGAAUGAAAAAUCGUUGCCGCAUCGAAGACUGCGCACUUAACCUUGUUUUGAUACAAAGGUCUGGGGGAACUCAGAAAUGGCCUAUUGAUACCAACUAGGUAAAUGGUGAAGCAGCUUGUAAGAUGUUUGUAUUGAAAGACAAUUAUUGCAACUUAUUAUUUUUUCUGUUAUAAACUCAAAGCUCAGCAACAAAUGUUGAAACUGGAGAGCAGGUUGCUAUCAAAAAGUUAUCUCGCCCAUUCCAGACUACCAUGCAUGCAAAGAGGUCCUUCAGAGAAUUGAAACUUUUACGCCAUAUGAACCAUGAAAAUGUAAGUGAAUAGUUACUAUAUAUAUGAAUGCAGAAAUCACUUAACACUUGAGAUGAUAAAACUAUAAAAUAUUUUUACAUAGUGUAUUAAUAGUGAGCUGUAUGUAGCUUACUUGUAAUGUGUAGAUUCACCCAAGGCUAAAAAAGAAGCUUCCGUUAAUAAUUUAUAAUUUACUUCAAACAAUAAACUUGUUACCGUCACAAAGUACUGAAUCCACUUGGAGUUGAGUCCGCGAUCAAUUGAAAACUAAUAACCUGUCAGCGGAUAACUUACCAGUAAAAGAAAAACAGGUAGCCUCGAUGGGUGGACACUUAAGUCUGUGAUAUGGUCAUUUGAUACUGGUCAGCAGAUACCCUGUUUUGACAGCUGUCAAUAUUGAUCACAACAUGGAUGUGCAAUAUCAGGCUGUUGGCUCCUAUACUAGCUAGAAAGUGUGAGAUUUUAUAUUGGUUGCCCUGUGGUGCAGACAGAUGGGUGGAUGAUCACAUGACUACCAAAAUUUCUUGGAUGGAUAAAUAACCAAAUUUUCUUAGCUAUGGGGCUCCGCUUGAAGCACAUGCAUGGAGCUCCAUUAUAGAACACAUAGAGCAGUAUUUGACCAAUAGAUAGUCACAAGUCCAGUUUCAGUUUCAAAUAUUGCCUUGAUUGUUGUCCAUUGCUAUCAGAAAUUUACUGUUACUGAUAUCUUGCAGCAGAUAUAGCCUAGUGCAGACUUUGUAAAUGCAAAUAUCUAGUAGGCUGGCAUUAAGAUGAUAAGUUAAGGGGUUGGUUUUUUAAGAACUGUGGUGUUGUGUUGGUCACCAUUGGAAGUUGUAGAAGCUGAUGUUUCUAGCACUUGUCCCUCAUCAGAAUGAUACAAGCAUGGCCAAUAAUAUACCUUAUCAACUUGGUUUAUAAAACCAAAUAUUUACAAUGAGAUGACAGCUUUGCGUGAAAGAAACCAAUCUUGCUCAAUUAACUGGAAUGGUCAGGCCGGGGGUAUAGUUAACUUUGUGAGGAACGUUUUUACAUUUUCUACCAACCUGCAGACAGUUUUCCAUGAGCACCAAGUUUGCUAAGUAGACAUUAUUGAGUAAAAUUUUUGUAGCCUUAUGGAUCUGUCAUUCAAAAUAAAGCAUUAUCUAGCAAUAACCCACCCUGUUAUCUCCUUACAGGUCAUUGGUUUACUUGAUGUAUUUACUCCAGACACAUCACUUGAUGCAUUUAAGGAUGUGUAAGUGUAAAGUUGAGGAUACCAAAUACAGUGAAACCCCGUUAAUGCGACCACCGUUGGGCCACAAAAUCCUGGUCGUAAUAACAAGGUGGUCGCAUUAACGGGGUCCUCAAAAUAAUAAAAUAACUCAAUGGUUUUUACGUUUGGUUUGAAAGAAAAUGGCCGUAAUAACGAGGUGAUCUUAUAAACGGGGUGGUUUUAAGGCGGGGUUCCACUGUAAGAUCUUUAUCCUGUCACUUAAAACUAUUUUACAUCAUUCCAGUCAUCAGUAGUAUUUUUUCUAACAAGAUUUUUGCUGCAACUUCAAUUAUCAUUAUUUGAUAUUUAAAAUACUUGUUAUUAAUUAAGUACAAACUUUUAUCAACAUUUAAGGUAUCUGCACCGGCAAAUUUUCAACAUUUUUUUUAGCUCAAAAUCUAUCAGCAGUAAGUUUAGGUCAUGUAAUAUGCAUAUCUAGUCUUUUUUUGUAAUUAUAUCAUUGCAUUCAAGAAAUAAUCUGCUGUAAAGUUGCUCCAUUUACCGGAAGUUGAAAGAGAAAUUUUAACUUCCAUUUCUAUGGAACGUGACCGCGGGGCCAGUGGAAGAGAAAUUUGACUCUCGUGCCUUUCCUGUGAGCGCUACUAUGCUGAUCAUGUUACUGUUUUCAUUGUAAUCGCUAGAUACAUGGUAACAGCUCUCAUGGGGGCAGAUUUGAACAGCAUUCUUAAAUGUCAAAAGCUGACCGAUGAACAUGUCCAGUUCCUCGUGUACCAGAUUUUAAGAGGACUUAAGGUAUGUAACAUAAAAACAUGUAGGAAUCCUUUACAGCUUAAGCCACAAGAGCUAAAAAAGGCCAUCAAGAAUUUUAUUUGUUGGCAAACAAACGUGACAGCCCUUUGGUUAUUUACGUGCUAAAAUUGAAAUAAUAUUGGCAGCAGUAAAUCAGUUAGAAAUCAUCAUUUUUUGCUAAAUCAUCUCACUGUUUUAGUACACUAAAACAACUGUUCACCUCAGUGUCUGUGGCUAAUGGUGGAUAUUUACCUCGUAACAUCAUGGCUCGGAAAAUUUCCGUCACUAGCCACCUCUACUUAAGUGAAUAAUAAUUAUUCACUGAAGUGGAGGUGGUUAGUGGUGUUAUUUAUCAACUCAGUUGAUAAAACCAAAUUCUACAAACACAACAUUGCAGUUUCCUUAGAAAGCAAGCCCUUCAUUGAAAUAUUUAACAUUGUGUUUAUUUGUUUCAGUAUGUACAUUCAGCAGGAGUCAUUCAUAGGGUAAGAAAAUUCAUAACUAUUGCAUUGUUUUACAGUAACAGAAACCAUUUGGGUUUAAAACCAGCAAUAGUGUUUAUGACUGUGAAAGGUUUGAACCCAGGAGUCAUUUCAAAAGUAGGUUGAGUUUGAUCGUCCGGGUGAAUGUAGUCCUGAAUAGGACUGUUGUUGUUGACUGACGUUUCGACAACCUGUGCGGUAGUCAUCUUCUGAGUCAAAGUGAGUUGUAUCAUGUCAGUUGAUGGUAUUAUACUCUGGUUAUUGAUCUGAUUGGUCAAUUAUGUGGCGAUGUUAUUGGUCGUCUGUCAGUUAAGCUGUGAUGUUAUUGGCUGUGAAGACUCGUAAUCAGUAAUAGUGUUUAUGUCGCUUUUCCAUCCUUUAUCUGUUUUUAGGUUUUUUCAGUUCACUGUGAAUAACCAGGUUAACCCUUUAAGUCCCAAUAGUGACCAAGAUCAAUUUUCUCCUAACAAUAUCCAUACACUGUCAAGAGAUAAGUUAUGAGAAUAAAUAAAAUGAUCACCCAAGUAAAAAUGCCUUGAUCUUUUAUCAAAUUCUCUCAACUCAUUCUUGAAGGAAAUGUAUGGAGAUCAGUUUGGAGAAUUUGUAUGUGGAUACUGGGGCUUAAAGGGUUAAAGAAAUAAGUACAGCCCUUUCAUCCAAGUCAUCAAUUUUAUUUGGAUUUUGGAUUUUUUAUGUUAUCUUACUGUCUUAUAAGGACUUGAAACCAAGCAACAUAGCUGUUAAUGAAGAUUGUGAAUUAAAGGUGAGUUGUUUUUUCUGCAUGUUUAUUAAUAUCCAUGUUGGAUUUGAGGUCUCCUCUUGCCAUAAAAAGAUAUUUUGGCACAUUACUACCUCAAUGAUUAAAAUAGAGCAACAGGAAAAUAUUGAUGCAAUUACUCAAAGUAUAUUCCUUAUUGUAACACAUCAGGAAAAAGAUGUUGACGCAUUUUUGUGCAUUGUUAAGAUAAUCUUAAAUUUUAAGGUUAAUAAUUAUUAAAAUCACCAAGUUUUUAUUGGUAGAUUCUGGACUUUGGUCUUGCAAGGAUGGCAGAAGAGGAGAUGACUGGAUACGUAGCCACACGCUGGUACAGGGCACCUGAGAUCAUGCUUAACUGGAUGCACUACAACAAAACGGGUUUGCUGCAUUCAUUUUGUCUUAAUUUACUGUUGUCCUAAAAUUGUUUGUGAAAUAUAAAGAUAAUGACUUCAAGCUAAUAAUGUUUUUAAACUAUUUUGACAGUGGACGUUUGGUCUGUUGGAUGUAUUAUGGCUGAGCUGUUGACCUCCAAGACAUUGUUUCCUGGAAAUGAUCAUAUCCUUUUACCCAACAGACUGACCAGGGAUCUUCUAAAGUUGGGGAAAGGGUGAAAAAAUCGCGUGGAGAGGGAAGUGAAAGGGUUAGGGGUUAGGGUUAGGGUUAGGGGUUAGGGGUUAGGGGUUAGGGUUAGGGUUAGGGUUUUAUCCUCAUGCAAAUAAAAUUGAUUUUCACAAGUUUUUGCACUUGUAAGCCUCAUUUGAAAAGUAAUAGUUUUUGGAACUCAGAAAUGGCCCAUGGUCAGUAAAAACAUGGCAAACUGAAGGAAUAGUAGUUAGCAAAAAUGCGACCAUUCUAAAUGCAUAUGUGUAAUUAACUGAGUUAGCCCCUAUAAAAAUCAAAAGGCUGCCGAUAUGUUUAUGCUCAAAAUCUGAAAUUUUCCUGGAUGUUGCAAGCAGGAACCUGUACAAAAUCCUCCAAAUCAGAAAUUAGCUCUCCUGCUUUGAACGCAAUGAAAAAUGGUUCUAAAAUUUUUUAGAUUAUUCAAAGUUAAAGCAGUAUUCCAGAUGUGGAAACUGAUUAAACUGUGGAAAACUGCUGCUUAGUUUGACUUGAGGCUAUGCUGUGGUAGUUGUUGGUUGUUUAUCUUAACUUUACAAAAAUAUUGAUCAAUUGACACGGAUAAUGAAGCUUGUUGGCAAACCAGAUCAAGAGUUUUUGGACAAAAUUAGCAGUGAUUCUGUAAGUACAGCCUAUGUUUUGUUUUUAUUUGUCUUGAAAAAAUUUUGUGGAAAUUUUAACGUGUCUUAUAUGUACAGGAUAGAAAGAAAACACCUUUGCAUGGAAGUAUAAAUUUUAUAAUUUUAUUGAAAUAUCAUUACUCAUUUUUUAUGCUCAUUGGCUCAGUUUGUCUUACUUUUAAUUAGUAAUAGUUGAAUACGUAGAGAAGGGAUUAUUUAUACCACAAAAACAAAAAUAUGUUUUCUGUUUGCAGUAAAUAGUUCAAAUAACUAUUAUAUUAUUUUAUUUAUAGUUAUUAUAUUCCCUUCAUACUAUUGAAAAUCAGUGCUUUGAAAAUCAACCAGUGCCGUUUUCUUUCAAGUAAAAUAUAUUUUAAUCUCAAUUUUUGUGUCUUGACAGGCAAGAAAUUAUAUACUGUCAAUGCCCGAGUAUGAAAAGAAACCUUUCUCAGAUGUCUUUCUUCACGCUAACCCUCAAGGUAACUAAAUUGUUUAGCAUUGACUAAAGAAUAGUCAAUAUCUUCAUCAUACUGAAAAUCUUCUUAGAAAUAAAUAUUAAUUUUCAUGAAAGGUUAAUGUGUUCCUUUUCACACAAGAAUGUUUUCCAUCUCAAACAAUAAUAUCACUUUUUUUAUAAGAUAAACCAUUAUAAUAAAACAUAAAAUAGCCUGUUCCUGGACACUAGCUAUUUCCUAUGGGACAGAUCUCAUACCACUUUUUUGUUUGUUUGUUUAUUUGUUUGUUCAAUCAGCUGUAGAUCUGCUGGAGAAAAUGCUUCUUCUUGAUACGGACAAUAGACUGACUGCAGAAGAAGCCCUUGCUCAUCCUUACCUUACUACUUAUGCUGACCCAGAUGAUGAGGUGCAGACUUACACUCCAUCUGCUUCUAAAUUUUCCUCAAUGUUACCUUAAGAAAUCUGUCUUUGAUCUGAUAGCACUAGAAACUUAGGUUAUUACUUAUUUGCUGUACCCUGUGCAAGUAUAUCCUAUGUGAGAGCUUUGCAAACUAUUAGAUUUGGAUUAAGAUUAGAAAAUUACAGAAGUUAAUCGUGUUCUUUGAGCCCAUUCUGUUUUCCAUUCUUUCUUCGUGGGGCCGGGGGUCAAUGAACAGAAUUUGAUGUACCACAGUAAGAUCUAGUAACACUAUUGUACUUGUUUGAUCGUGGUUCAACAAGCUGUGCUGCUGUUGGAUGAACUUUUGAUGGUGUAACCUAGUUUUAAUAUAAACAAUACCAACAACAAAUGAGUCAAAUGAGUGAUACAUUGAAUAUUUCAAGAAUACAGACACUCAUCAUUGACUGUUUAUGUACCACAGAUCCCUCCCUUUAGUUUUACCUUUUGAUUCACUGAGUUCAGUCAGUACACAGCAGUUAACUGAACUGAAGUUUUGCAAAUUAAAAAUUCUUCCUACAGCCAACAUGUGAGCCAUUUGAUGAAGUUCAAUUUGAAGCUAAGGAUUGGCCAAUAGAUAAAUGGAGAGGUACACUGUUCUGUCGUAAUUUUACCUGUGUUUGUAAAUGACCUGAAGUCAAGUACGUUCCAUGGUGAGAUUUUAGGAGACAUGCCUUCCCGUUAGUUCCUUCUUCAGGAGUCACCAUGGAUUGUGGAAACUCACUGAUGGUGGAGGGGCUAUACAUGUAGCUGGGAGGAACCUGUUCCCAGGGAUAUCUCAACACUAGGGGUGGGAAUGAAGGUGUUCUUUACCUCAAUCCCCUGCCCCUCUAAUCCCCAGUGGGAUAGUAGUUCUGCCUCUGUAAUCAUUCUUACAUCAUUUUUUUUUUCUUUUUUGAAGAACUAUGUUAUAAAGAAAUUCUUGACUUUAGAGCGAAGAAAGAAGAGGAGGCCAUGCAGACUGGCUAAUGAGAGUGAACGACAUUAAGACAAGAACUUGGUUUUUUAAAUUAUCUCUACCAUUCUAGUAUCAGAGAUGUCUUUUAAAGAAAAGUUGCUAAGAUUAUUGCCGCUUGGUACCUUUUGCCCUCCAAACACCUGAAAAAUUUUUAAGUCACUGAAAAUAUUGAAAACUGUCAAGUACAUGUAAGACUAUACUAUUAGAUAUCAUACUUUCAGCAAACCUAAAUUUCAUUCAUGGAAAAUCAACAACUUACAUUGUUACUUAAUUUAUCACUCCACAGGUAUUUUAAGUUUGUCAUGUAAUUGAUGUAAAAUACAUUGUAUCAAAAACUGUAGAAGAGUACAAAAGAAAUGCAGGAAAAUCUUUAAUGGCUGAGCUGCAUUUGCCUAUGGUUAAAACACUUCAGCCCAUCUUUUUAAGUUCUGUCAAUUUCUAGAAAGGGCGAUUUCAUCAAGACAAGGGCAUGCUUUUGUUAUUGUGUCCCUGCAUGUUGUCAGUAAAAGACUUGCUGUCCCAAUUCUGAGUUAGAGCAUGCAAAGACGUACUGCCUGUUCUGUUUGAUUGAAUGCGUGUAUAAAUUAAAGAACUAAGAAAUACCAAGCUAGUAAAACUAUGCACUUCCAACUUGUCAAAGUAAAGUGUAAAGUUUGUAUACUGUAAAAGGAGUGUUAAAGUAUUAAAGGUGCGUAUUGCCAUG